GAAAUAAACAAUGUUGCUUCCUUUCUUCUUCGCGGCGAAGCACCCUCCUUUAAAGGAGCCUUCGUCUCUCGCUGCUAUUUCUUACGACCCCCACUCUCUCCUUCUACUUCAUCUGAUCCUCAGAGCAAAUUCAUCCUAAAAAAAGUCUCCAACUUUCGAUUUGUGUAUCUCUCUCGCUGCAAGCUUUUUCUAGGACUUGCCCGGAGCGUGCAGCGGCUCAAAGAGCAAACUUGUGCUCUUCGAAUCCCCAAAUGGAAGGCGAAUUCAGGAGGCAGAAAGAGGAAACCAUACGUUGCAGUUCGAGUUUGCUCGAAUUUGCAGCCUGUGAUGAUCUUGCAGCGUUCCGGAGAGAGGUUGAAAGUAAAGGUCUCGAUGUGGACGAGCCAAGCUUCUGGUAUUGCAGAAGGGUCGGGUCCAAGAAGAUGGGGUUUGAAGAGAGGACCCCUCUCAUGGUAGCUGCCAUGUAUGGCAGCACAGAGGUUCUAAAGUAUAUCAUCUCCACGGGUAAAGCCAACGUGAACAGAGUUUGCGGUGAAGAAAGGGUCACUGCCCUUCAUUGUGCUGUUGCAGGCUGUGCUUGGUCUGUUGUUGAGGUCAUCAAGCUCUUGCUUGAUGCUUCUGCUCUGUCUUUCAGCGUUGAUGCUAAUGGGAAUAAGCCCGUGGACCUUAUUGCUCGGUUUUCAAGAUUUGUCUCCGCCCGGAACAGAAAGGCGGUGGAAUUGUUGCUGAAUGGUGGUCUUGGCUCGGCUAGUUUGGUUGAUCAUGUCCUUAACCAAGAGAAAGAUGGAGGAGAACACAAGGGUUUGGCCAAUCAUACGACUAAAUAUCCAGCCGAUGCAUCUCUUCCGGAUAUCAACGAAGGGAUAUAUGGAACGGAUGAGUUUAGGAUGUACAGUUUCAAGGUUAAGCCUUGCUCCAGGGCUUAUUCCCAUGAUUGGACCGAGUGCCCGUUUGUCCAUCCGGGCGAAAAUGCGAGGAGGAGGGACCUGAGGAAGUACCCUUACACAUGUGUUCCAUGUCCCGAGUUUCGCAAAGGGUCUUGUCCAAAGGGAGAUUCCUGUGAGUACGCCCAUGGUAUUUUCGAGUCAUGGCUUCACCCAGCACAGUACAGAACCAGGCUUUGCAAAGAUGAAACGGGCUGUGCGAGGAAAGUUUGUUUCUUUGCACACAAACCCGAGGAGGUGCGUCCUGUUAAUGCAUCCACUGGUUCAGCCAUGGUUUCUCCAAGGUCCAACUGUUCUCAAUCUCCAGUUAGCAGCACAGAGAUGUCGGUUAUGUCCCCCCUGACCCUCAGUUCAUCGGCUCUAUCAUAUUCCUCGAGUGUUUCUUCGUCUCCAAGGAACGGAGGGUUGUGGCAGAAUAGGGUUAACAACCUUAACGUUAACGUUACUCCUCCAGCUUUGCAGCUCUCCGGUAGUAGGUUGAAAUCUGCUUUGAAUGCCCGAGAUUUGGAUAUGGAGAUGGAAAUGAGGCUUCUUGGUUUGGAUAACCAGAAUGGCCAAAUGGGGUUCGAUUCUUCUUCCCUGGGUCCUCCAUUGCAGAGCUUAUCCUCUUCUUCGACACCAUCACAGUUGCAGUCUCCAAGCCAAAACAUGAACUACUAUCCAUAUUCUUCGUCACCAGCCAGGAAAGCGCAGAAACCCGCCCCAGGAUUCGAGUCAUCAUCCGCAGCUGUUGCAGCAGCGGUGAUGAACUCGAGAUCCUCUGCCUUUGUGAAACGCAGCCUGAGCUUCAAACCGUCUUCUGCAGCAGCAGCCACUGCCCCCUCGUCGUCAGACCUCUCGGGCUGGAGAUCCCUGAGCGGAAAGCUCGAGUGGGGAAUGACGCAAGGAGAUGAGCUGAACAAGCUGAGACGGAGCAUCUCCUUUGGCAUCAGAGACUACAGGGACGAGCCAGACGUGUCGUGGGUUAACUCCCUGGUGAAAGACAGUGCACCGGAGGGGGGAGCCUUUGGUAUGAACGGAAGAGUCGGGCAUGCUGGAAAUGCCGCUGUGGCGGCUCGGGAGAAGCUUCGGUGGUGGGCGGAGCAAAUGUACAUAGAGCAAGAACAGAUCGUGGCUUAGGCAAACGGCUAUGGAUUCUUCGGACAGAUUCUGCACAUUUAUUCUUUGAUUUAGCGUAAGGUUUGUAGUUAGAUGCCAUAGAAAGAUGAAUCAGAAGAAGAAAGGACAAGUAGGGGUGCUAUGAAGGAAACUUAGUGAGAAAGCUGAUAAUAAUAUAGAGUUCAGUUCAUUCAUAUUGGCUCUUGUCAUGUCUUUCAAGUUCCGACACAAGUGCGCGUAAUGUAAAUUGGGGUGUUCUCUUC